AUAACAACUUGAAGCGAAGUUGAACUUCGGCGAGUCUGUGAUAGGGUAUAUUUGAUCAAUCUGUGCAUAGAGAUAGAAAAAUAAUAAUGUAUACGUUAUAUACACUAUUCUUUACAUAAAUUGCGUUUAUAUGUUUCCAAUAAGAAUAUAACAUAAAUAUCGCACGCAAUAGAAACACGGGCAAUGACAGAACACAGAGGCACAUCAUUUUACAAUUCUUGUGUAAAAGUUCCAGUGGACCCUUGUAGUAGGCAACCAACACCUUCUUAUGAACGUCCUAGACUUGCAAAAAGUUGUAAAGAUAAUUACACUGAUAAAACAAGUAAACUCAAUUUUGUAACAGGCACUGAAAUUAUUGGUGAGUCAGAGACCUCAAGUCCAAGGGAAAUUGUAGACAACUUUUUAGAAUUUCUGGAGAGUAUCCCAGACUAUGGUCAAGUCCAUCAUUUGUCAAAUGAACAGUUUAAACAAAAAGUAGAUUAUUUGAAAAGAAAACAGAAGCUAUUAUUAAAAAAUUUGCAAAAUUCACUUGUCGAUGAUGAGGAUACAAAGGGGUCUGGAUUCACAAUAUCAAAAUGUGAUCAAAGCCCGAACAACCAAAAUACAAAUGAUAAUAAUGAUUUAAAAUUAAAUGGUAAAAAAUGUUACUUGGAAGAGUUCAGAACAGCUAGUCCUAUGCUUUUUCCAUCUGAGAAAUUUGUUUGCCUUAUGGAGGAUCCAAAUCUUUUGAUAGAUAGGUAUUUAGACAAAGAUGCUAAAACAGUGUGCAAUGAGAAAAUUCAUUCCAUUGAUAAUAAUUGGAGAAUGUGGAACGAAUUCAAGAGCAAGGAUACAGUGGAAAGCGAUAUAGACAGUGUAGAGACAAGAAGCUUACCAGCUAGUAUUUCAAAGGAAUGGCAUCCUACAGUUCCCAAGCCAUUUAGCUUUACCUUACGAGAAGAAGCAGAACAGUACAUGGUGCAAGUUGAAACAGAGAACGCACAACGUAAAAAUUCCAUAAAUAGUAAUAAAAGUCCUUGCAGGAAACGUCGUAUAAGACCGAUUCCACUUACAUCGAAAAUUCCAUUGUACAACAAAUUAAUAGCCGAGAAGGAAGAACGAAGUCGUAUGAUCCGCGAGGAAAGUGCCAUAAAUUUGAUGUCCCAGGUACGUCCCUUUAGACUCGAAUGCGAUCGCCGAGCCCAGAGAUCUUUAGCAAGGUCUAGCCCAGAAAUUCGUAGUAAAAGCGUUAACGCAUUAACGAAAUUCAAGGCUAAACCCGUGCCGAAGAAUCUGUUUACAACCGAGAUAUACGAUCGUAUGCUUGAAGACGAAUAUUACAGACACCUGCAGAAAAGGGUAAGAGCGGCGGAAUUGAUGAAAUCAUCUUGUUUACCACCGUCAAUGGCAAGGCGUGAACGCGUGAAAUCGACGUAUACGCGUAUACAAGACACGAAGAAAAGUUCUAACGAGAGCAUCGAGUGUAGAAAUUCCUCUCAGUUAUCAAGCAGUACAUCGGUACCAUUAGAACGAUGUAGAUCGGCGAUGUCGCUUUUGCCAGUACGGGGAAAUAAUUUGGCAGCGAUUUUAAGAUGUCAAAUGUCACGAGAAAAAUUAGAGCGCGAAAUAAAAGAGAAAAUGGAGGAGAAACGUCGAGAACAAGCAUUAAGGUUGAAAGAAUCUUACGUUGGACGGAAUCCUGUAUGGAGAGCUUUGAGAUCUUCAGCAAGGCACGACCAUGAGAGAGAUCUUAACAUUCGAACUUCGCUUCGUCGCGACGAAGCGCGCGAACAGGCGGAACGUCAUCGACUGCAAAUGGAACUGAUGCUGGAUCGGGUAACUCAAAUACCGACUCUCUUUGAACGUCAUUCUCAGACGUAUCAGUCGUUGAUGAACACGCAACAAAAAGAGACGCCAAAAUCGUCGCAACGAAAGAAAAAGAGAAUGCAACACAGUCAAAAAUCGCGUAAUGUAGAUUCGUACGUCGACUAUGAAAAUGUUUGCAGGCCGGAUUCUGGAUCGGUUAUUAGUUCUUGUGGAACGUUAUGGUCUGCGAGCCAAUCGUCCAAGUCGUCGGAUGCGUCUCGCGCUUCCGACAAGUCGACAGCGAAAUCACAAUGUUCGUUUUCGCGAAAGAAAGGGGAUCGCGGCCAAUUAAAAGUCUCUAUAAACGAGACGGCGGAACUGAUCGAAGAUCAAAAUGAAAACGAUGAAUUGUACGGUGACCAGCGUUCUUCCAGCGACGAUCACGAUGAAAACACCGUACACAGCGAUAAGCACGAUGUCGACAGUAACGUAGAUUCCACGUAA